UAAAUGGCUACUGCCAGAAUACCUUUUUCUAAUGUAACUUAAGUGAACAAGGGGGAUAAACUAUCAGCAACACUUGGGGAGAAAGUGGAGAAGAGUGCAAAUGCUGAGAAACAAUUUGUACCUACAAACACAGAAAUUAACAAUGUGAAAAAUUCAUUGGACGAGUUGUAAUUGGAUAACGUGGACAAGCAGACACUUAUUCAAUAACUGAAAUUGCAUAAAUUAAUAUUGAAGCAUUGUUUUGAUGAGAAUGAUAUUGUAAUAAUAUUUGAAAGAUUAUUUUAAGUUGAGGGAACGAAUAGCAGCAAUUGAAGCGUAAUUCAGUAAUUUGUAGGAUGAAAUUGAAAUUCGAGACAAUGUGAUAUUGGAGUUGAGUGAGAAACUUGAAUAGAAAGAGAAGGAGUGA